AUGUCAGCCAAGAGCUUCAGUAGAGUCGUACUCACUAUGGUGCUUAUUCUCUUCCUGAAGAUACAACUCUCAGUACCAGCGCCGUUGAAUGGGUCAAAAUGGUCUUAUAUUGGUCCUGAUGGAGAGAAGACCUGGCCGAAGAAAUAUCCAUUCUGUGGGGGAGUAUUUCAAUCACCGAUAGAUUUUCACAGAGAUAUUCUCCAGUAUGAUUCUAAUCUCUCACCUUUAGAAUUCAUAGGCUAUAAUGUGCCCUCCACCGACCAGUUUACACUGACCAAUAAUGGUCAUUCAGUGAAAAUGUAUCUGUCGCCUACUAUGCACAUCAGAAACCUCCCUUUUGAAUACACUGCAUCUCAACUUCACCUACACUGGGGAAACAGAAACAAGUCAGAAGGCUCAGAGCACACAGUCAGUGGGAAGCAUUUUGCAGCAGAGCUGCAUAUUGUACAUUAUAACUCUGAGAAAUAUCCAGAUGUAACAGCAGCAAUGGACAAAGCAGACGGACUGGCAGUUUUGGCCAUCCUUCUUGAGAUUGGACCCUUCAACCCAUCAUAUGAAAAGAUCUUCAGGCACUUCCAGAACGUGAAAUACAAAGAUCAGAUGGUCCAAGUCCCUGGUUUCAAUAUUCAAGAACUGCUUCCUGACAGACCAGAUGAGUACUAUCGCUAUGAAGGAUCCCUGACAACUCCUCCUUGCUACCCUAGCGUUCUCUGGACAGUCUUCCGACACCCUGUUAAAAUUUCACAAGAGCAGUUGCUGGCACUGGAAACAGCCAUGUACUGCACAGAGAGUGACGACCCAGAACCCCUGGAAAUGGUCGAUAACUUUCGCAAUGUUCAGGAGUUUCGUGAAAGACUAGUUUUUAUUUCUUUCCGUGAAGGUGUUGUUUCUGUUGUGAUAACCUGCAUUCUGGGAGUUCUCAUCAUUCUUGCGGUAGCCUGUUGGCUAUUCAAGAGGAAAAGUUGCAAAAAGGGAGGAGAAGACAACAGAGGAGUCAUCUACACACAAGGAACGCAGAAAGAGGAAGAAGAUAUCUCCAAACUAUGAUGCCCUGCUCUGUCACAAAUGUCCCUUUUCAUUCAUAGCACUGACUUAUUUUGCAUUUGUGGAACAUGUCUCUCACUCUUAGCUAAUGAUUAGCCUCAAGAGUGUUCUCAAAAUGUACCAGCCAAAACUUUUCUGUAGCCCAUUUUCUCUUGUUUUGCAGGGAGAUACGAUCAGUGAAUGUUCCUGAGAGCUAAAUUCCUCACCACAUUCUUUUCAUGUUGGCUGCUUAGUGAGUCUGGGUCUUUUAACUGAUUUUACAGUUAAUCCUAAACUCCAAUUUUAUGGUUUGUUUAGCACAGAUUUUCCCACAGGUAUUCCCACAUGAAGACGUUCAUCAAGGUAUAAGCACUCUUCCCUGCUAAAUCAAUGUAUUAGUCUUAGGGUAAUCCAGGAACAGCAUCAUGAAUGUUAACAAGAUAAAGGGCAAUACAUAUUUGAGAUCAGGAUUUGAAUGAGGCUGACUGCAAAUGAUGCUAGUACAUUCACCAGUGACUCUAACAGUCAGAAACAUUACACAAAAAGACAAAUGUAAAUGUUAUGGGAUUCACAUGGAUUAUUAAUGGGGUUCAAACCCUAGGAUUCAGUACUAAAAAACACUACUGCUUGAGGAACAGCUUGUGUUCCAGUUAUUAUACAACCUCACAAAUCUGUCACAAAGGCAUCCUGUCUUACUAUCCUAAUCUUAUUUAUAGUGUGUAUGAAUAAUGGGGGGGAAUAAUGUAGUUGCUGCUGCUUUUAAGCACACUACUUCCUAUUUGAUCAUGAAAUCUUGAUUGAUUUUAGAGCAUAUAUUACAAAUGCAAUUAUACAGUCGACAGUUUUGCUGAUUUAGCUCUCUGAAUCUAAUAAUUUAAUUAUAAGAAGGUAAUUAAAAAUAUAUUUUCAAAUUUCAUAAGCUAGAUGCUUUUGAGUCUCAUGCAUUUUUUUAAAGUGAGAAGCAUGCUUCCA